GCAGAAACAGAACCAACUGAUCCGGUUCGGAACUAGAUCAAACACCGAGCGUUGGUUCCGUGUGUGUGUGUGUGCGUUGAUUAAGAUAGAACACACUGAGCUGAUUUGAUUCCAGCAUUUAUUUUUGGGCUCAGAUUAUUACAAUCGAGGAAGAGGAGGGGAAGAAGAGGAGGGGAUGAAGAGGAGGGGAGGAAGAUAAGGGGAUGAAGAGGAAGCAGCGUCUCUGGGAUCAUGAUCAGACUGCAGCAGCUCCCGCUGCAGCAACAUGGCAUCCAAAACGAUUCACUUCACCGUGAACGGGAUCCCGGAGCGGGCCGAGUUCCCAGGAGACUGUCCGGCUCAGGAGGUCAAAGAUUUGUUUCGCUCUGCAGCCGAGGCCGGGCCUCACGACAUCCUGAAACUCUACAACCCCAAAGGGAACAUCAUCAACAUCUGCCCCGGCCUGGAGCCCAACAGCCCCGCCUCCUGCUACAGGCUGGAGGUGGUAGCUGCCGACUGCAACAGCGAGCCGCUAGGCGCCGAGCUUGCUGGUGCGCUCGGAUUCGAUCUGUCAUCCAUGGAGAAAAGACUGCAGGGCCUGGAGAAGAAGGUCCUGUUUGCGGCUGGAGAGACGCCUGCCGUCGUGCUGGAGAUGAAGAAACAGGUGGACUGUUUCCGGCAGAAGCUGGAGAGUGUCGAGCAUCUCAGCUGGCUGGGCUUCUACAAAGACCUCUCAGAGGGACCGCACCAGCCGUCACCGUUUUAUCACAAGAGGAGUCUGCACAAGACCAGAGAGGAGGUGGAGCACGUCCGCGAGAAAGUCCUGCAGAUGAGCUCCCUGGAGGUCUCAGAGGAACUGAGGCAGUACCUGAAGACCCCCACCUUCGAUAACUGGCAGUGGGAGGACGCAGAGAUCAUGGUUCUCCUGCAGGUCAUGUUCACAGAUUUAGAUUUCAUCUCCUCCUUCAACAUCGAGCCUGAAGCUCUGCAGCACUUCCUGUUCGAGGUCUACAGAAGAUACAACAACAUCCCGUUUCACAACUUCCAGCACUGCUUCUGCGUCACCCAGAUGAUGUACGGGCUGAUCUGGCUGACCGACCUGAGGAAUAAACUGGAGAACAUCGACCUGCUCAUCAUGAUGACCUCUGCGGUCUGCCACGACCUUGACCACACCGGAUACAACAACGCCUACCAGAUAAACGCGCGGACCGAACUGGCUCUGCGGUACAACGACAUCUCUCCCCUGGAGAACCACCACUGUGCCGUGGCCUUUCAGAUCCUGCAGAGGAGAGAGAGCAACAUCUUCAGGAAUCUGUCCUCGGAUCAGUACAAACGGAUCAGAGAGGGAAUCAUCAAAUGCAUCCUGGCCACCGACAUGACGAGACACAACGAGAUUCUGAACAAGUUCAAGUCCAUCCUGCCUGCUUUCGACUUCACCAACAAGGAACACAAAGACCUGCUCAUGAUGAUCCUGAUCAAAGUGAGCGACAUUUCCAACGAAGCGCGGCCCAUGGAGGUGGCCGAGCCCUGGCUGGACUGCCUGUUACAGGAGUUCUUCAACCAGAGUGACGUGGAGAAGUUGGAGGGUCUUCCAGUCAGUCCCUUCAUGGACAGAGACAAAGUGACCAAACCUUCAUCUCAGAUCGGCUUCAUCAGGUUCGUCCUGCUGCCACUCUUCAUGGAGCUCGCCAACCUCUUCCCCUGCCUGGAGCAGCACAUCAUCGACCCGGUGAGGAAAGCCCUGGACUAUUACACCGAGAUGGACAAAGCUCUGGACAGGGAGCAACCCAAGACUGCAGCCAGAACCAGACCAGAACCCAGUAAACCAGAGACGCCGUGACGGCCUGGCCUGAAGAACCGAACCCCUCCGAGUUUCGGCACGUGGAUGUGAAUGUGAUGCUUUAUUUCUUCUUCUGUGGUAUUGUAGUUAGACUGUUUGCGCCUCUCUCCUUUGCUCCUGGUGCUGCUGUUCAUUUCUCAAUAUGUCCCGUUUAUUUAUAUUUUUACUAAGUUAGUUAGUUUCUGUUUUCUUCACUAUUGUAAUAAAUAAAUCUCUUCCAUAAUGGGAAUAUUUAAGUAACGAUUGUAAAGCAGAAGUCACCUUUAGUUUUGUGCAGGCCCUCCUUGUUUUCUGUGUCUUGAUCUCGUCAGAAUAAACCAGAACUUCUCAAAUAGUGGAGGGAGCGAGAAGCAGGACUUUAAAAUGUCUUUAUUGGUGGGCUUCAGACACGUGACCCAGAUGACCCGAAAUUCAGAUGGAGGCCUGGAAGGGGAUUUCUCUGGUUCAAAACAAAGCAAAAUUGAUCACGAGUAACUAAUGCCCUAAAUCGGCUGAAACAGACGAGACAUCUCGAAAAAAUACGCGUAUAUUUAGGAUAUGAUCCGUAUUAUCUCUGUAAACGACUUCUUGUCAUGAUGGGUCCUAGUUUCUUUUCCCACAUACAGAAGAUGAUCAGAUAAAUAAAGUUUAUUUUAACAAUGAGGAAAAGUGAGACUGUAUAGUUCUUGUCCUUGGGGUUGGCAACCAGGGUCGUCUGUAUUUCUUACAUUGUGUGUGAAUUGUGAGACAGUUUUUUUGUUGUUGUUU